AUGCAGCGGCAACGGAAUCAAGUGCACGCCACGGUCAAGGCAGAGGACCAAGAGAGUGAAGCGGGCGAGGUGCUGGUGCUCACCGACACCGAAAAUCCUCGCCAAAGUCGACGUCGACGUCGUAUCGCGACUGUCUACGACGCAGUGGCAGGGCACGUCUGGUCCAAGCAAGCUACCCGAGAUGAGGCGGCCGGAUGGGAGGACCGCGCCAGGGUCAUCAAACAUUCCACUCGACACACGCCCCUAGCCCCAGACGAGCUCCUCUUCCGACGCAAGGACGCCCCGGAGCGCUACGCAGAGCACGACAUCUACAACGCCCACGAGCGAGAUAUCCCGCACGGCGCCCUGCCCGAGAGCAACCUGCUCAAGGCCAUCCAUGGCUACACGAGCGGCUUCUACGGCGCUCUGGCGCGCAAGCACCGGCCUCGGCUCGGUGGGCGCGACGUCGACGAGCGGAGCAUGGACGAGACGGCCCUGCUGGCCUUUGGCAUCCUGCUGGAAGAGGCGGGCAGGGAGGUGCUGGGCCGGCGAGGAGACCUGGUCUUCACCGAGGGAGCCGACGAGGUCCGCCGAGAUGAGGUGGCGCGGGAGGUCGGCCCCGAGGCUUUUGUUGGCUACCAGGAAGCCGGGACACCAUGGAAGACAGCCAAGAGGGGCCCCAAGAGGCGCAAGGUGGUCAAGGAGGACGAGGAGACCUAA